AGCUCUGUUGAGGUUUCGCAUUCGAAACAGUAUUCGUUAAGAACCGUUAGGGGAUUUUGGCGACGCUAACUUUUUCUUGUAGGUUACUGCUCGAGUUUUCGUCGCAAUAGAAGAAGAAGUAGUAGAAAGGUGGAUGUAACGGUACAGAGAAAAACAUUGACCUGACUUUAGAGACAGUUGUUGGCGCUGCAGUAGUUGCUGAAACAGUUUUGCCGCGAAACCUCACAAAAUGUCGCCGAAACCACAGCUCCAUGCUAUUUUUUGGUGCGUAACAGGUAUGUUGGCUUCCUACGCGCAAGAAUGUGGCCGACCACACAUGCCGGAGAACAGGAUUGUGGGUGGGAUGGACGCUGCAGAGGGCGAGUGGCCGUGGCAGGUCGAUAUACAGACAGAGGAUGGUCAUAUCUGUGGAGGCUCCAUCAUCACAGAGAACUGGGUCCUAUCGGCCGCUCAUUGUUUCCCCAAUCCAUCCGACCUGAGGUCUUACGUCAUCUACAUUGGCCGGUACCAGCUAAAUUCCUUUAAUAAGAACAUGGAAUCGCGUCGUGUGAGCCAGGUGGUGAUCCCAUCUGGUUACAGUGAGCCUCAAAAUGGGAAGGAUUUGGCGUUGGUGCAGCUGUCCAGACCAGUAACCUGGUCAGAAUUUGUCCGUCCCAUCUGCUUGCCAAGCUCUGGCACCCUGUUCCCAAGUGGCAUGAUGUGCCAUGUCACGGGCUGGGGGAACACCCGCGAUGAUGUCCCUCUGGCAGGGCUCGGGACUCUGCAGGAAGUGGAGGUGCCAAUCAUUUCCCAGAGUUCGUGUCAGGAGAUGUACCAGACAAACCCAACAGAGAAGGUGGACAUCCUGUAUGACAUGAUCUGUGCUGGAUACCAGAAGGGCGGCAAGGACUCCUGCCAGGGUGAUUCAGGAGGGCCUCUUGUCUGCCAGAUGGAAAAUGGGACCUGGGUGCAGGCUGGCGUGGUGAGUUUUGGACUUCGCUGUGCUCACCAAAACCAGCCAGGUGUGUAUGCCAGACUGACCACCUUCUCGAGCUUCAUUAAAAACACGGUAUCGGAGAUCGAGCUGUACGGCCGAGCAAAUCAGAACUGGUGUGGGGGGGCUGCCGUGUUGGUCAGUUGUCUGUCCUCUCUACUGUUCCUGCUUCAGAGGUAGAACACUUCCGACGACCAGCUCAAAUGAAGGAGAUUAAUUAUGUCUGACUUCCAUCCAAAGUUAUCCUGAAUAGUAUAACUGGUAAAGUAUCUGAUGUGCACAUGAAGCCAUAUAUAUUGAACAAGAAAUGUGAUAUAAUCUUUCCUUUUUAAGCUAUAACUGUGCAUUAUGAUCUCAGAGUAAAAUAUGUUUAAUAGGUUUGUAUCUUAAUCAAAAUUAUGAACUUAAUCAAUGAAAUGUUCUGUAUUUGAAAUAAAUUAAUUUGAUUCUUAAAAUCAAGUCAGUGCUCUGUUCAACUGAUAGCUGAGUUUGGAAAUGUAUUGUGUUGAUCAAAACUUGUCUUUUCAAAGCUUUCUUCUACUAUAUCCCACUGUAUUCCAACUGCUUACAAUUGUUAGUACGAAAGCUGUUGCCUUUGAAAUAACAAACUUGUUUUUUGGAACAAUAAUAUUACCUUAUUUAGUAGUGCA